AUGAAGAGCGUUGUAGCCAUCCUCGCAAUUUGUGCGCUUUUCUUAACCGCUCAAGCUAAGCCAGAUGAAUCAAACCCACCUCAACCUGAUGCAGGAAAUGCAAUGACGGGCGCCGCGACCGCAUCCAAAAACGCGGCAGGGCAAGCCAUAGAAGGUGCACGAAAUGCAGCCACGGGCACCGAUAACUCAGCCAAAAACGCGGGUGGGCAAGCCGAUCCAGCUGAUGAUAUCCCCGUAUUUUUCAACAAAUUGGGUCAAGUUGUAAAAACUGGCAUCGAACAAAUGAAUCGUUUUGGAACAAUUUGGUAA